GCUGCGUUUGAGUGUGCCAGAACACGUACACUUGACAUGAAAAUGGCUCUUCUAACAAGCAGAUGUGCCCCUCGGCUGCCUCUGCGGAUCUGUCACACUGCUAGGGCUAGGGGAGGGCUGCUGGUGCCGCCUCAGCUGCUGCUGCCUCGUCAGGAUAACUGGAAGAAGAAGCUGCUACCACUGCAGCGCCCGCCCGCCCCUGCGCACCCGCGGCGGCUGUUCUGCUCGUUCAGCGAUUUUCUGAAGGCAGCGGAAGCCGGUCCAGCGCGUCAUGGCGCGCUACUGUCGUUCGCCGUGGCCCGGAACAGGCUCCAGGACGCCGUGGCGGGGAACCACCGGGACCGGGCGCUGGAAGCCCUUGCGGAGCUCAAGGCGUUCGCCGGCAGCGAGCACUACUACGGCGACGGCUACAGAGCGACGGAGCUUCUCUUGGCGGCACUGUCGCCUUUGGCUCGGCUGUGCAAGGGCCAAGGACUAGUAGUCGACGACGACGGCGCCGUGGUGACUAAGGAAUCACUGGCGGUGGCAUGCCUGCUGCUGCGGAACGCUUCUGCGGAGAUCGGCGCCACACUGUGCGAGGAAAUCUCGCAGGAGGAGGACGUCAAAUCCAGCUUGGAGAGGAUCCGAGACCGAAGUGGUUGUGAUUGUGACGAGGUGCGCGAGCUAGCAAACGAGAUUCUCGCACGGCUACCCUCAACUCCAAAUUAACUAGGCUCAGUCUGUCUAUUGCUUACGCGAUUUCACCUCCAUCGUGUGCUUCGAUCGAGAGCCUCACUUGUAUUUUCCCUUUCUUUUUUCUAAUAAAAAAGUCGACCAUCGUGUGAUAUAUAUA